CGGUGUUUCGUUUGCGCGAUGUUUUCUUGCUCCUUCGCACUUGUUCAAAGACUCGCACUCAAAGUGCGAAAUGGAUAAUUUACUCACGUUCGUGUUUCGGAUUACCACUGUGUAAUAAAUGUGCAAAGAAAUAUAGUUUCAUUGUAUGAAUUAGAGAACUUUUUAAUUCAGUUAUUAUUAGAUAAAAAUUAUUAUGAAUAAUGGAAUGCCCCCAUUUGUUAGAUAACGUCAAUUUGGAUAGCGAUCUCUUCGGUGAGGACUCUUUGAUCACAAAGAACUUCAAUUGUUCAGAAUGUGCCAUCCAAGAGCAAAACUGGAUUUGCUUGCAUUGUGGUGUAGUGAACUGUGGCCGCUACGCCAGUGGGCAUGCAAAGCUACAUGCAGAGUCAUCUGAUCACCAGCUGUGCAUGAGUUGUGAAGCUUUCUCAGUGUACUGUUACAAAUGUGAUGACUAUAUAUCAAAUGACACAGAUCAACAAUCUGUAGACAAAAUAAGGCAAAGUAUUAUUCAAGUUAGGAAUACAGAAAAUGUUGAAACAAAAAGCAACUUAGAACAAAUUGAAACUAGCAAUGAAAGAUUUGAAGAACAAAAUAGUCCUGUUACAAAUAUAGCGGAACCAGACAUCAAACCUGUUUCAUCUCCGAGUGCUGUGUCUAAUGAUGCUGAGGCACUGGCAACCAGCUCAUGUGAAAUAUCUAAUAAACCAGAUAUAUUGGAAAGCAAUGAAAAUAAGCUAACAAAAGUGACCAAGAAUGUAGAAGAACCGGUAAGAAGUUUACGGCCUCGUUCUCGAAAGCGAUCUCACUCUGAAGACAGCAGUUCGACUGAAAACACAAACCAACCUUCUAGAACUAAAGAAAAGAAGGCGUCACCAUGCAACGGCAAGAGUCAACGGGAAAAGAAGAUUGUAGGGUUAAAGAAUCUUGGCAACACGUGUUUCAUGAACGCAGUUCUGCAGAGUCUGAAUAACAUACAGGAGUUUAGUUGCUACUUCAGUCAACUGCCUUCGCUGGAGACGAAGACGAACGGUCGGAAAGUGUAUCAUUCGAGGAGUUAUACCCGUCAGGAAAUGCAUGAUGUUGUUAUGGCGGAAGAACUUAGAAAGGUCCUCAUCAACCUGAACACGGGUGGGUGUGGCUCAAAAGGUGCAAUAUCCCCGGAGUGCCUGUUCCUGGUGAUCUGGAAGGUGGUGCCGAGAUUCAGGGGCUACCAGCAGCAGGAUGCGCACGAGUUCUUGCGCUAUAUGUUAGACAGGCUACAUACGGAGUUGCUGCAGCUUUUGCCGCCCGACCGCGCGGAGGGCAGCUUCGUGCCGCGCGCGCCCUCCGCCUCCAUCGUCACCGCGGUGUUCGGCGGCACUCUGCAGAGUGAGGUUCGUUGUCUAGCGUGCGGCACGGAGAGCAAGAAGUUCGACCCGUUCCUGGAUCUCUCUCUGGAGCUGCCCGAGAUAGGGCGGCACGACGCGCCCGUGUCCCUCACAGACUGCCUUGCGAGCUUUGUUCAGAUCGAAGAGUUGGCCGACACGGAGCGAUAUUACUGCAGUACGUGUAAAUGCAAGCAGAAAUCCACUAAGCAGUUUUGGGUGCGGAGGUUACCCAAUGUUUUAUGUUUGCACUUGAAGAGGUUUCGUUGGCAUAAUUAUUUUAGAACAAAAGUGGACACAAACAUAUCGUUCCCGCUGAGCGCGUUAGACAUGUCGAAGUUCGUGCUGUCGAACGUGCCCGACACGCGGCGUUCCGGCCUCGGCAACUAUCUGUACGAUCUGGCCGCCGUCAUCGUGCACCACGGCUCCGGCGCGGGUUCCGGUCACUAUACCGCGUUCGCCAUCAACGAAGACCAGUGGUUCCACUUCAACGACCAGACCGUGCGGGCGACGGACUCUGCCGCGGUCGCGUCCUGCAAGCCCUACAUACUGUUCUACAUACGCCGAGAGUUCUCGCUGCCAUCUGCCUCGUGACAACUCUAUCUGGAAAAUAUGCUCUAUGAUUUAAACUAUAAGGUCGAUAAUCUAUUGCGCAACUGCUGGGUGUCGAAAUAUGUCAGAAGUUGAUAAUAUGCUCUAUUGCGAUAGACAUAAGGUUGAUAAUGUAUUACGAUGGCUGGAUGAGGGAAUUUAUGCGCUAUGAUACAGGUUCUAAUGUCGAUAAUCUAUUGGGCAACUGCUGGGUGUCGAAAUCUAUCAGAAGUUGAUAAUAUGCUCUAUUACGAUAUAUAUAAGGUUGAUAAUGUAUUACGAUGGCUGGACGAGGAAAUUUAUGCGCUAUGAUACAGGUUCUAGGGUCGAUAAUCUAUUGCACAACUGCUGGGUGUCGAACUCUAUCAGAAGUUGAUAAUAUGCUCUAUUGCGAUAUACAUAAGGUUGAUAAUGUAUUGCAAUGGCUGGACGAGGGAAUGUAAGCGCUAUGAUACAAGUUCUAAGGUCGAUAAUCUAUUGCGCAAUCGCUGGGUUAUCUUCAAUACGUUGAAAUCUAUCAGCAGGUGAUAAUUAAUGUACUCUAUUGGAAUAUACACAUAGUUGAUAAUGUAUUACGAUGGCUAAACGAUGGAAAACAUGCUCUAUGACAUAAUCUAUAAGGUGGAUGAUCUAUAACGCUACUUAUUAGCUUUAGCAAUAGAGCAUAUUAUCAGUUGAUAAUAUGCUCUAUUGCUAAAGCUAAUAAAGUCGACAAUUUAAUGCAAGGGUUAAUCGCGGCAAUACAGAUUUGUAUCGCAUUAUGGUGGGCGACCACACAUCCGCAUAAUACGUAUCAGACGCAUCGCAUCUAACAGAUUUUUAAUUUUAUGUGGUAGAUAAAAUCCGUACGAUGCGGAUUAGUGGACGCAAUAAUACUAAAAUCCUUUUGAUGCGAUGCGUCCGAUGGGUACAAUGUGGACGCCUGCCUUAAGACAGCUUUUAUUUGACGCAUUGAGUGUUCUUAUUUCUUUCAAUCUGUCAAUUCAUUCUUAAUUUCUUAAUUUGAUAUAGCGAGGAAAUAGAAUUCAGAGAUUUUAAAAACCAAAGGUCUACAAGUUGUUAUUAAUAGGCCAGUAUGGAAAAAGUUUUCUCAAUAUUGUAAAUUGUGUCCUUUAUUUAUAGCAGUAGGAAUUGAAAAUUGCAUUUGGACUCCAUGACCUGAUUGUAGAAUAAAGUAUUUACUGUUAUAUGGACGUAAAAGUAACACUAAAUGACUUAAAUAGCAAUAGGAUCAUUUGGCUAAAUUUAAAAUUACUCGAUAAAAUAAAAUAAAUUUAAAAUUACUCGAUAAAAAAAAUUUCCUCUUUGAAAGAGCUUUACGCAGAAGGAAGAAAACCCCAAAUUUAAUAAAAGCAGAUUCUUAUGAACUUCAUCUUAUCAUAAAUCAUAUUGUGGUUCAUGGUUUUCUAUUGGUCUAUUUAUGUAGACAUGAUACAAUAUGCUAGGUAGAUACAUUUCUGGUAGUUCAUUUCUUAAGGCUAAGUUCACAAGCAGAGUUUCUCGGAUACGACAGUGAGUUUCGCGAAUGCACAGGAGAGUUUUUUGAACACAAAGGAGAGUUUCUCUCGGACGCGAAGGUAGAGUUUUUCGUCGCGUAAAAGUUUCUAGGAUGCGAAGGUGAGCUUCUCGGAUGCGACCGUGAGUUUCUCGAAUGCACAGGAGAGUUUCUCGAACGCGAAAAAGAGUUUUUCGGAUGCGAAAGAGAUUUACUUGGACGCGAAAGUGAGUUUCUCGAACGCACAGGAAAGUUUCUUGAACGUGUUAGAGAGUUUCUCAGAUACGAAGGAGGAUUUCACGGAUGGGAAGGAGAGUUUCUCGAAUGUGAGUACAUCCGAGAAACUCCUUCGCAGCCGCAAAACUCUCUUUCCCGUUUCGUUUCUGUAGAGUUACAAAACCUACCAAAUAAUAAAUAUAAAACUUUCCUUUUGUAACUUAGCCUUUGAACCAAUGCUAAAAGCUAUAAGCAUAAUUAUAUUAAAUUCAAUUGACUGGUUAACCCAAAUCUCUGCGUUAUAAUAUAUGUACCCAGUACUUUAUUACAUUAACUUUAUUUUUAUGAACAAAGUUUGAAUUGAAUAUGGCUUUAAAAAAUCAAAAUGUGCUCUUUAUAAAGAACGUAUUUUAACCGUGGACAUUUCUGUGGUGAUCUUACAAGGUAGUAAAAUUUACGAGACUUUAGGCGCUAAGGAGUCUUAUAUCAUUAAUUAGUAUUUAACUAAUGACGUGAAUGAAGUCUGCAAUAAUCAAUGUAAUAGCGAAACCAGUGUAGGAUACACGCAAUUUUUUUAUGAAACUCAAUUUUUUAUUGUAAUUUUAAGUUGUAGACAGAAAAGUUAAUAGACAAUUGUACAAUACGUCAACUACGUGUCUCAUGAAGAGUAAAAGACAUUAUGAAGUCCUCGCAACGAUAGAUAGAGCGAUAUUUUCGAUAUUAAGUCAAACGGUAUGUGAUUAUGACAUCCCAAAAUAUAUAUUAUAUGUUUAUUCUUGUUUAGACAAUCAGUGUGCUUAAAAAACGCGUCAUUCCAUCAAUUAUAGAAUCGCCUUGUCACGUUUUGUUACAGAGUUCACGCAUAAACUGUCCUCUUUAUUGAGGCAAUGAAAUAAAUGCUGCUAUCUGUCUGUUGACUUACCUGUCUACGUUUAAAAAAAAUAAUAAUGCAACAAUUUAGCAAAUGAGCUGGUCUCUGUGCUAAGUUGCAAAACGUAUUUUUUAUGCAUUGACUUAUGAGUAUGUUUAUUUUACUAUAUUAAGUUGGACGCCGCUUGUUAGCCUGAAAUCUAAUCGUGUAAUUUUUUUCGUCUAAAUCAACUAUUUGUUUUAUAUGUUGCCACAAAAUAAAUCAUGAACCUCCGCAAAGCAAGAAGAUGAACGACUUGUGGUAUAUAGAUAUAGUCUGGCUAGUUCGUUGAUGACACUCCCGUGAUAUGCGCGCGACGGGGGAAGUGAGGUGCAUCAGUCAUGGGUUUUUCAUUCAUCGCUACAUGCCCCCCGGCCCGCGCGGACCAUCGGGCGUGUUACGAACGAAGUUGCCAAGCUAUAGAUGCAAGUCCGUAGUUUUAUUACGUCAAGCUUUGCGGAGAUAUAGUGGAAUGGUUAUUCAAAUGAAUUCAAAUAUUUGAGCUUUAAACAUGGGCGUACGUAACUUGAAGUCCAGAGCCUCAGAUUGUUGACUUUACAAGUUUUUAGUUACAAAUUCAAAAGGGUAACGCGCGCCGUAAGUUUAUAUGUGUUUGGAAUUUUGUAAAGUAAGAAAAAUUAUAAAUUCUCUGUACAACAUUUUACAUUCCUGAUAAAUAUCUGAUGGUUUAUAUAAUUUCACAGCGUCAUCGGUCAGCUCGUGGUAAAAACCAUGUAAUGUGAUAGUGCGAGUGUGUAUAUAGAAUGGUUUAAUGAUUUUGUGUCGUGAAUUAUGGUCUCUUUUGCAAGUACCUAAUAAUUGAAAUUGUUCAAUAACAGGUUUAUGUUUAAGUACUUCAAUUACUGGAAGUUGAUAGUGAUUGAAUUUAAUAAAUUCGCCAAUUGAAA